CCAGAGGGACACCGCGCGCUCCGCCCUCGCUCCCGCAUCCCGUGGGAUGCCGGCUCGCUGAGCACCCGCUAGCGACGGCCCCUCCGCGGCGCGGCGAGCCUCCUCGGAGGGGAUGACGUAGCUUUGCCAAGGAUUUAUCAGCUAAGCAGAAAAUGAGCUUAACAUCCUGGUUUUUGGUGAGCAGUGGAGGCACCCGACAUAGGCUGCCACGAGAAAUGAUUUUUGUUGGAAGAGAUGACUGUGAGCUGAUGUUACAGUCACGGAGCGUGGACAAACAACACGCUGUACUCAACUAUGAUGCCUCUACAGAUGAACACUUGGUGAAGGAUUUGGGCAGCUUGAAUGGGACAUUUGUGAAUGAUGUGAGGAUUCCAGAACAGAUAUACAUCACUCUGAAGUUAGAAGAUAAAUUGAGAUUUGGAUAUGAUACUAAUCUUUUUACUGUGGUCAGGGGAGAGAUGAGAGUCCCCGAAGAAGCACUUAAGCAUGAAAAAUUCACAAGCCAACUCCAGUUAUCCCAAAAAUCUUCAGAGGCAGAAGGAUCGAAACAAAGCAGCUCCAAAAGUUCAGAGUCCAAGGUAACAGACUCCACACCUGAAGUGCACCACAAAACUACAGAAGCACUGAAAUCUGAAGAAAAAUCAAUGGAUACUUCUGCCAUGCCUCGUGGGACACCGUUGUAUGGACAGCCAGCCUGGUGGGGUGAAGAUGAACCUGAUGAAAAAGAUGGUUGUAAGCCAGAUAGCAAGCGUGAAGAAAAAAUGCCUGAGACAGGGGCUUCAGGAUGCAGCACCGAUGCCAAGCAAUCUGAGGAGCGAUCUGCAUCUGCAAGUGAAGAACUUUAUCCUUUCUGUAGGGAGCCCAGUUAUUUUGAAAUCCCUACUAAAGAAUGCCCGCAAGCUUCACAGGUAGCAGAGAGCACUAUUCAUGAAAUUCCCACAAAAGAUACCCAAAGCUCCCACGCAGCAGCUUCGGGGCACGCUUCCUUUACCAUUGAAUUUGAUGACAACACUCCAGGAAAAGUAAAGAUCAAAGAUCACGUGACGAAAUUCACGUCGGAACAGCGUCACAAGUCGAAGAAGCCUUCUUCUUCCAGUGGUCAGGACCUGCCGGGGCUUCAGACGGUGAUGAUGGCUGCAGAGAGCAAAGUAGCAGAUUGGCUUGCACAGAACAAUCCUCCAAGGAUGAUAUGGGAGCCGACGGAGGAGGAUUCCAAAAGUAUUAAGAGUGACGUUCCAGUGUACUUGAAGAGACUGAAAGGGAAUAAGCACGAUGAUGGCACACAAAGUGAUUCAGAAAAUAUUGGUGCACACCGGCAUUACAGUAAACGGGCAGCUCUUGAGGAGCACUUAAGGCAUCAUCAUACAGAGCUAAAAAAGUCACAUCAGAAAACCCAUUCCACAGAAAAGCAGCAAGAGCAAGCUGGUUUGAGUCAGACUGCCUUUAUGAUUGAGUUUUUUGAUGAAGACCAUCCUCGCAAGAGACGUUCUUACUCUUUUUCUCAGAACGUAGGAGCUUUAUGCGCAGAAUCUCCGUCUCCAACAUCUCACGCACGAGCUGAAAGAGUGAAACCUGCAUCGGGAGAGAAGGUCCCUUCACCUGUGCAAGCUAGCUCCUCACAUCACCGAGCAGUGCAUGGUGUCCAUGCCAAACUUGUGAACCAGAAAUCAGAGGAAUCCUCAGCUGCAUUACCUGCCUUACAAGCUGUAUUGUUAAGGAGUUCAGGAAGCCUGGGCCACAGGCCUAAUCAGAACCAGGAGAUGGACAAAAAGUUGAAGAGCCAACAUAUUUCUGCUGCUGCUGAAAAGGACAAUGAGGAUGACCAGAGUGACAAAGGUACUUACACUAUUGAGUUGGAAAAUCCCAAUACUGAAGAAAUGGAAGCUCGCAAAAUGAUUGACAAGGUAUUUGGAGUGGAUGACAGCCAGGAUUAUAAUAGGCCUGUUAUCAACGAGAACCAGAAAGAUUUAGUAAAAGAUUGGGCUAUAAAUUCUGCUACAGUAGUGCUGGAAGAAAAAAGACCACUGAGUACAACUGGAUUUCUUGACACUGAGGAAGGUUCUACCAACCUUGGAAGUAAACGUUGGGUAUCGCAGUGGGCCAGUUUGGCUGCAAAUCACACACGUCAUGACCAAGAUGACAUGAGAUUGGAGUCCUCUGUGCCUGCUCCAUUAGAAAAUGACACAGACAUCAGUGAGUCUGGUAUUUCUGUUAGAAGUGCUGGUUCAGCUGCUUCUAUGGCCAGCCAAGGUGAGCGAAAGAGGAGGACACUUCCACAGCUUCCCAUAGAGGAGAAAGUGAGUGAAAACUCAAAACCAAAAACUGUAUCUCAUCAGAGGUCAGAAAUAGGUGAAAAACAAGACACGGAACUUCAGGAGAAAGAAACUCCAGCUCGUGCCUCAGAUGCUAAGUCCAGCAGAACAAUGAAUGGUCUUUCACCCAGAGCUACCGGAGACAAAGUUUUUUCUUUCCCCAGCUCUUCUAGUAAAGAGAGAGUUGAAACUGGCAGAGAAACUUCGGUGGUGAAACAAGCUUUAGCAAAAAUUCAACAACAAGAAAGGAAGGAGCAAGGACACUGGACACCCUCAAAAUUGUCCUCUACAAAAUCUGCUGCAAACCAGGUUGAGAAAGGUAGGGAGGAGGUUGUUAUGUCACCCAAAACUUUGGAAAAUCAAGACAAUGCUCCUGGACAUGUUACAGAUAAAGCAGAAAUUAAGUUGGCACAAAUUGAGGGAAAAAGAAGAAAAAAUGAAGAAAUCAUUAGAGGACAAAGUCCUAAAGUACUUGGAGGAGAAAAAAAGGAAUCUUCAAAACCAUUAGUGAGGCAAGGUAGCUUUACUAUAGAUAAGCCUAGCACAAAUAUACCUAUAGAACUUAUUCCUCACAUUAAUAAGCAGAGUGGUUCUGCUGCCCCUUUAGUAUCUGCAAACAGGUUGCGUGACAGAAGUGAUUCGAUGGACACUGAUUCCAGUAUAGAUACAACACUCAUUUUAAAAGACACAGAAGCUGUAAUGGCUUUCCUUGAAGCUAAAUUGCGUGAAGAAAAUAAAACUGAUGAAGGUCCUGACACUCCUAGUUAUAACAGAGAUAAUUCCAUAUCACCAGAAUCAGAUGUUGAUACAGCCAGCACAAUCAGUCUUGUUACUGGUGACGCUGAAAGAAAAUCCACCCAGAAGCGGAAGAGCUUCACAAACUUAUAUAAAGAUAGAUGUUCCACUGGUUCCCCUUCAAAGGAUGUUUUAAAAUCUUCUACAAGUGCCAGAGAAAAGAUGGAAAAAAAAACUAAGAGUCGAUCUUCAGAUGGUGGGUCUAGAGCUGACGCUCGCAAAACUGUGCAAUCCAGUGGAAGAAUGAGACAACCGUCAGUAGAUUUAACAGAUGAUGACCAAACAUCCAGUGUACCUCAUUCUGCCAUUUCUGAUAUCCUAUCAUCUGACCAGGAAACCUACUCUGGCAAAUCACAUGGAAGAGUUCCUUUUGCCUCAGCAGAUGAACUUGUACAUUCCAAGAUGGAAGGAAAGUCAGCUAAAUCAAAAAGCUCUCCUGCUGCACCUGGGCAGUCUAGUAAAUCUACCACUCUUCCAAGACCUCGUCCCACAAGGACUUCUCUCUUGCGCAGAGCACGCCUUGGUGAAGUCUCAGAUAGCGAGCUUGCUGAUGCCGAUAAGGCUUCAGUAGCGUCCGAAGUAUCCACUACAAGUUCUACGUCAAAACCUCCAUCAGGGAGGAGAAAUAUUUCCAGAAUAGACUUACUCGCUCAGCCUCGCCGAAAUCGACUCGGCUCUUUAUCAGCACGUAGCGAUUCCGAAGCAACAAUAACCAGAAGCACUGCCUCGUCACGUACCCCAGAGGCAAUUAUCAGAAGCGGUUCAAGGCUGCUCACAGGAGGAGAUGGCACUAAAGUUUCUGCUAGAACUCGAGCCAAUAGCAUUUCUCGACUUUCGGAUUCCAAAUCCAAAUCCUUGGCUUCGGCUCAUAAUUCUCCCUCAGUAAGUGCAAGAUGGAGGCGCUUUCCUACAGAUUAUGCUUCCACCUCAGAAGAUGAAUUCGGAUCAAACCGUAAUUCCCCUAAACAUGCCCGUCUGCGUACCUCUCCAGCCCUGAAAACCACGCGACUGCAGAGCGCUGGGACAGCAGCUCAAAGCAGCAACACAUUCAAGCACAGGAUAAAGGAGCAGGAAGACUACAUUCGUGACUGGACUGCCCACCGGGAAGAGAUAGCAAGGAUCAGUCAAGAUCUGGCUCUCAUCGCACGGGAAAUCAACGAUGUAGCAGGAGAGAUAGAUUCAGUGACUUCAUCAGGCACUGCCCCCAGUACCACAGUAAGCACUGCUGCCACCACCCCUGGCUCUGCCAUAGACACUAGAGAAGAGGUAGGAGAUCUUCAUGGAGAAAUGCAUAAGUUGGUGGACCGAGUAUUUGAUGAAAGUCUCAAUUUUAGAAAAAUCCCUCCAAUAGUGCAUGCGAAACCCCCGGAAGGGAAUGGUCGGCCUAGUGAUGCCAGACCUCAGCUGACAGAGGCCCUCGAUCCCCCAACAAUUACCCGCAGAAGGACUUGGAGCAGAGAUGAAGUUAUGGGGGACAGUUUGCUGUUGUCCUCAGUCUUCCAGUUUUCUCGCAAGAUAAGACAAUCCAUAGACAAAACAGCUGGCAAAAUCAGAAUAUUAUUUAAGGACAAAGACAGAAAUUGGGAAGAAAUUGAAAACAAGUUACGAGCUGAAAGUGAAGUUCCUAUUGUGAAAACAUCAAGCAUGGAAAUAUCAUCAAUCUUACAGGAAUUGAAACGAGUUGAGAAGCAGCUGCAAGCAAUUAAUGCCAUGAUUGACCCCGAUGGUACCCUGGAUGCUCUGAGCAACUUAGGAUUUGCCAGCCCCAUCUUACCAGCUCAGCCGAAGCCGAAGUCCAGCCCUGUUUCCCAAGGCCCCCGCCCACCAGCGCAGCCAAACUGCCAGCCUGAGGCUCGGGCUGUUCGUCCCACCACCGGCCCUGUGGCAGCUGAAUUGGAAAAUGCUGAAUCCGAGGCAGAUUUCAGCAUACAUUUCAAUAGGUUUAACCCAGAUGGAGAAGAGGAGGAUGCCACCCUGCGUGAGUGAUGUCUAGUGUUUGAUACAAAAACCUUUCAUGUGGAAUGUUUAGAAUUCAAGGAAAACUUAUAAUGUUUGUUUUUAUAAUU